GCCGCCUCGUCGCGUCCUCCGGGUUGGAGGCGGGGGGACAGAGCGCGCGCGGCGCCGCGGCCGUUCCCGGGGAGCGGCGUCCCUGGACGGCGGGCGGCUCGGGCGGUCCCGGAGGAGGACUGGAGAUGUCCUGUCUGUGCCGCCUCCUGCUCGCGUACCUGUUCCCGGCCCUCCUGCUUCACGGGCUGGGAGAGGGCUCUGCCCUCCUUCAUCCAGACAGCAGAUCCCAUCCCAGGUCCUUAGAGAAAAGUUCCUGGAGGGCUUUCAAGGAAUCACAGUGCCAUCACAUGCUCAAACAUCUCCACAAUGGCGCCAGGAUCACCGUGCAGAUGCCGCCAGCAAUCGAGGGCCACUGGGUGUCCACUGGCUGUGAAGUGAGGUCGGGCCCAGAGUUCAUCACGAGGUCCUACAGGUUCUACCACAAUAACACCUUCAAGGCCUACCAGUUCUACUAUGGCGGCAACCGGUGCACCAGCCCCACCUACACCCUGGUCAUCCGGGGCAAGGUCCGCCUGCGCCAGGCCUCCUGGAUCAUCCGAGGGGGCACCGAGGCCGACUACCAGCUGCACAACGUGCAGGUCGUCUGCCACACGGAGGCUGUCGCCGAGAGGCUCAGCCAGCUGGUGAACCGCACAUGCCCGGGUUUCGUGCCCGCCGGGAGCCCCUGGGUGCGGGAUGUGCCCUACGACCUGUGGCGGGAAGAGAACGGCUGCGAGUGCACCAAGGCCGUGAACUUCGCCAUGCACGAGCUGCAGCUGAUCCGGGUGGAGAAGCAGUAUCUGCAGCACAACCUGGACCGCCUGGUGGAGGAGCUCUUCCUCGGGGACAUCCACACGGACACCUCGCAGAGGACGUUCUACCGGCCGUCCAGCUACCAGCCCCCCCUGCAGAACGCCAAGAACCACGACCACGCCUGCAUCGCCUGCCGCAUCAUCCACAGGUCGGAUGAACACCGCCCGCCCCUCCUGCCCCCCAAGGCCGACCUGACCGUCGGCCUGCACGGCGAGUGGGUGAGCCAGCGCUGCGAGGUGCGGCCCGAGGUCCUGUUCCUCACGCGCCAUUUCAUCUUUCAUGACAACAACAACACCUGGGAAGGGCAUUACUACCACUACUCCGACCCCGUCUGCAAGCACCCCACCUUCACCAUCUACGCCAAGGGCCGCUACAGCCGGGGGGUGCACUCCUCCAGGGUCAUGGGAGGAACGGAGUUCGUGUUCAAAGUGAACCACAUGAAGGUCACCCCCAUGGACGCGGCCACUGCCUCGCUCCUCAACGUUUUCAACGGGAAUGAGUGUGGGGCCGAGGGCUCCUGGCAGGUGGGCGUCCAGCAGGACGUGACACACACCAAUGGCUGCGUGGCACUGGGGAUCAAGCUACCUCACACUGAAUAUGAGAUCUUCAAAAUGGAGCAGGAUGCCCGCGGCCACUAUCUGCUGUUCAAUGGCCAGAGGCCCAGCGAUGGGUCCAGUCCGGACAGGCCCGAGAAGAGAGCCACCUCCUACCAGAUGCCCUUAGUCCAGUGUGCGUCCUCUGCACCCAGAGCUGAUGACUUCUCCGAGGACCCCCGGGGUCACCAGUACGGGAGCUGGGCACCCGAGAAGAGCACUUGUUCCCUGCUUCUCGCUGGGCUCGCUGGCCUUUUGACUCUCCUGCACUGGAAUUUCCUCAGAUAGAUGUUUCUUAAAAAGCAAUCUUUUUCCAAGCCAGGAUUCCUUACAAUGGACAAAUUUCUUUACCAAAAAAAAAAAAAAAAA